UGGGUGAGGACUAGUCAGCCAAUUCUAUUGUUCAGCCUCAAACCUGCAGUGCCUUCUCCUCCCACCUCAUCAUUGUCCUACCCUCGCACCAGAUCUUUUUUCUUCUCCCUUCAGUUCUUUUUUUUUUUUUUUUUAAUCCUUAUCCUUCAGAAAGAACUAGUCCAUCCCUCAGGGGUUCAGGAUGGCUGACAAGAGGCAACCCGGCAGGCAGAAUGAUGAGGAGGAGGUCCCAGCCUUCUUCAAGAACAUGGGAUCUGGGAGUCCCAAGCCCAGGCAGAAAUUCUGUGGGAUGUUCUGCCCAGUGGAAGGGUCUUCUGAGAACAAGACCAUCAAUUUUGACUCUUUGUCAGCAGGGAAAGGGUCUGGCAAAAUCAUUAGCAAGCAAAGGGAUGUUACACCCUCUGAUCAGAGGAAGAUUGAGAUCAAGUGCUCUUCUGGCAAAGAAGCCCUUCAGUACCUCAAUGACAAGAGUGAUCGACUCCUUAUCAAAGGAGGUAAGAUCGCCAAUGAUGACCAGUCAUUCUAUGCUGACAUUUACAUGGAGGAUGGCUUGAUUAAGCAGAUUGGUGAGAACCUGAUUGUGCCGGGAGGCGUGAAGACCAUCGAAGCUCAUGGACGGAUGGUGGUACCGGGUGGAAUUGAUGUCCACACCUGCUUCCAGAGACCUUGCAAUGGGAUGGUGUCUGUCGAUGACUUCUUCCAGGGAACCAGAGCGGCUUUGGCUGGAGGCACCACCAUGAUCAUUGACCAUGUCGUGCCAGAGCCAGGAACCAGCCUGCUUACUGCUUUUGACCAGUGGCGGGAGUGGGCAGACAGCAAAUGCUGUUGUGACUAUUCCUUGCACGUGGAUAUUACGGAGUGGCAUAAGGGCGUACAAGAGGAAAUGGAGGCGCUGGUGAAAGACCAUGGCAUUAACUCCUUCCUGGUGUAUAUGGCAUACAAGGAUCAAUUCCAGCUAACAGAUUCCCAGAUCUAUGAGGUGUUCAGUGUGAUCAGGGAGAUUGGUGCCAUUGCACAGGUACAUGCUGAAAACGGUGAUCUCAUCGCUGAGGAGCAACAGAGGAUCUUAGAACAAGGAAUCACAGGACCUGAGGGACACGUAUUGAGCCGACCGGAGGAGGUGGAGGCAGAAGCUGUCAAUCGCUCCAUCACUAUCGCCAACCAGACCAACUGUCCUCUCUAUGUCACCAAGGUGAUGAGCAAAAGCUCAGCUGAAGUUAUUGCACAGUCCAGGAAGAAAGGGGCUGUAGUGUAUGGCGAGCCAGUCACUGCAAGUUUGGGCACUGAUGGCUCCCAUUACUGGAGUAAAAACUGGGCUAAGGCAGCAGCUUUUGUUACAUCUCCACCUCUGAGUCCCGACUCCAGUACCCCCGAUUUCCUCAACUCACUGCUUGCCUGCGGUGACUUGCAGGUUUGUGGGAGUGCACACUGCACUUUUAACACAGCUCAGAAAGCUGUCGGAAAAGACAAUUUCACUCUAAUUCCAGAAGGGACCAAUGGAGCGGAGGAGAGAAUGAGCAUCGUGUGGGACCGAGCUGUGGUGACUGGAAAGAUGGACGAAAACCAGUUUGUAGCUGUCAGCAGCACCAAUGCUGCCAAAAUCUUUAACCUGUACCCACGGAAAGGACGCAUUGCUGUGGGAUCUGAUGCUGAUCUUGUGAUCUGGGAUCCAGACACUAUAAAGACAAUCUCAGCCAAGACGCACAACAGUGCAGUGGAGUACAACAUUUUUGAAGGGAUGGAGUGCCGUGGGAGCCCACUAGUAGUGAUUAGCCAAGGAAAGAUAGUUCUUGAAGAUGGUAACCUUCAUGUUACUGAGGGAUCUGGACGGUACAUUUCUAGGAAACCCUUCCCAGACUUUGUGUACAAAAGGAUCAAAGCCCGAAGCAGGCUUGCUGAGCUGCGAGGCGUUCCUCGAGGGCUGUAUGAUGGUCCUGUCUGCGAAGUCUCCGUGACUCCAAAAGCGGUAACACCUGCAUCCUCUGCCAAGACAUCUCCUGCCAAACAACCAGCACAGCCAAUACGGAACCUGCACCAGUCUGGAUUCAGUCUGUCAGGUGCACAGGUUGACGACAACAUUCCUCGCCGCACUACUCAGCGCAUCGUGGCGCCUCCCGGGGGCCGUGCCAAUAUCACCAGCCUAGGUUAAGCCUAGAGUAUAUUCUCCUGCCCCAGUAUACCGUUCCUUCUCCAAGAC